AUGGCAGAAGAGCAGCGGGAUCCUUGCGGCCUUUGGCAGGCUGCCUUGGAGCACAGAGUGAAGAUGGAAAAGCAAGACUUGGCUGACCAUGAAGUCGAAAAGGCCAUUGCAGUUGGGGGCAGUGGUGGAUUCUGGGAAAGAAGCAUGCAGGCAUUUCUGGGAGAGGACAAUGUGGGCUCUGACACACAGCGCCUACACUUCCGGCAGUUCCCCUACCAAGAGCUGGCAGGGCCCCGAGAGGUUUGCAACCGACUCCAUGACCUUUGCUGUCGGUGGCUGAAGCCAGAAAGGCACACCAAGAAGCAGAUCUUGGACCUGGUGAUCCUGGAGCAGUUUCUGGCCAUCCUGCCUCCAGAGAUCGAAAGCUGGGUCAGAGAAUGCCGCCCGGAGACCAGUUCCCAGGCAGUGGCUCUGACCGAAGGUUUCCUGCUGAGUGAGGCAGAGGAUAAGAAGCAGGAAAGGCAGGUGCAAGGAGCAUUAUCAGGUGUCACCGCAGAUUUCCCAGAGGCAGAAGAGGCUCUGACAAACCCCAAACAGAGGCUGGUGUUCAGCAGGAUUGCUCAGGAGGAUAACCAAGAGGCCACCUGGAUCAGUGGCAAUAAGAUGUCAGCAACACCUCCUUGGUCAUCCAUUUAUGAUCCAGUGGACCCAACUCCUGUGCAACCAGAUCAGAUUCCAGUGUCCUUUGAGGAGGUAGUGGUGUGCUUCACUGAGGAGGAGUGGGCCCUGCUAGAUCCAGGCCAAAGAGCCCUGCACAGAGAAGUCAUGGUGGAGAAUUAUGGGAUUGUGGCCUCUUUGGGCGAUGGGUGGAAAAGUGAGACUGAGGAAGAUAUAUUUACCGUAUCCCGGGGACGGGGCAGAUCUGUACAGGCGAAAAAGCAGAAAAAGAAAACAGAUCAAACCAGGAAGAAUGAGUCCUUCCCUUCUCAACUUAGUGCCUUCCAAGAAAUCCCAGUGCAAGCAAAAAUAGACAAAGCCAAGAAAAGAUAUAAGUGCCCUCUCUGUGGGAAAAGCUUCAGUUUUAAGUCAAGGCUAAAUCUGCAUUGGAGAAUCCAUACUGGGGAGAAACCUUAUAAGUGUUUGGAGUGCGGGAAGUGCUUGUGUAGCAAUGCUAGCCUUCAGACUCAUCUGCGAAUGCACACAGGGGAGAAACCGUUUGAAUGCUCAGAGUGUGGAAAGUGUUUCAGUAGGAGGCAUAAGCUUAUAAGCCAUCAGAGGCUUCACACCGGGGAGAAACCAUAUAAAUGUACUGAGUGCGGAAAGGGCUUUUGUGAGAUCUCGAGUCUUAAGAGACAUCAAGGAAUCCACACAGGGGAGGACUACAAAUGCUUGGAGUGUGGAAAGAGUUUCAGUCAGAAGUCAGACCUUAGAAGACAUCAAAGAAUGCACACAGGAGAGAAGCCUUAUAAGUGUCUGGAGUGUGGGAAAAGCUUCACUUGGAGCAAAACCUUGAUUUACCAUCAAAGAAUGCACACAGGUGAGGAUCCAUUCAAGUGCUUGGAGUGUGGAAAGAGCUGCAGUACAGGGUCCGACCUUAGUAGACAUCAAAGAAUGCACACGGGGGAGAAACCAUUUAAAUGUCUGGUUUGCGGGAAGAACUUCACUCGGAACAUACAUCUCACUUCACAUCAAAGAAUGCACACAGGAGAGGAACCAUAUAAAUGUUCAGAGUGUGGAAAGAGCUUGAGCACAAGCUCGGCCCUCGCUAGGCAUCAGAGAAUCCAUACGGGGGAGAAACCAUAUAAAUGCUCAGAGUGCGGAAAGAGUUUCACUUGGAGUACAUCCCUUACUUCCCAUCAACGAAUGCACACUGGGGAGAUUCCCUUGCCUAAGAAUUGUCAGAAUAUGGAAAGAACUUUGGUUGAAGUUCAGAUCAUCAUAUAAGGGGUUUCCACUCCAGCAAAAA